CAGCGGCGGCGGCGAUGAGGAGGAGCGCGGGGGGGGGCGGCGGCGGGACGGCCGGUUGUUCGCGCCGCUGAAGGGACACGAAGCAGCGCCGCGCCGAGGCGGGGGCGGGGGGCCCCGAGUCGCUGCCCCCCCCGCAGCCCCGCCGGGGAGUUUCUUCCACAUCCCCCCCAAACACACCGAGACCCCCCCCACCCGUCCCUCGGGGGCGGCCCCGCGGAGCGCCGCUCCCUCCUCCUCCUCCCCCUUUAUUACCCUUUGUGUGCGUCUCCGCCUUCCUCCCUGCGCCCGGGGGCCCUGAGAUCCUUGCUGACGAUGGUGGUCGCUGGAGGCAGCACUGUUGAAGAUUAUAUCAUUUACAGACAAGAUCUCUGAAAUCUGUUCCCUUCAGACAGCAAAGGAAGAAGAGGCUUUAUCACAACAAAACGGGCAAAAACCACCAAGACUUGAAGAAACAGCACUUCUCUAAUUCUUCCCUAAAGUUCCCAGAAGCACCAAAUCCUAAAGGAUUACACCCACCAGUCUUCCUGAUUUCAGCUUGGAGUGAACAAGAUGAACAGAGCCACCUUCAAUCUAAUCCUUAGUGAGGAAAAAGGCUGUUUGAUUGGAGCCAAGGAGUCAGCAAAGAACCUCAAGAAGACAACUUGGAUCAUGACCAGAAGAUAAAAAGAAAACAAAAAGAAUGUGGCAUAUAAAGGGUGUAAUACCUGGAGGUAUUGGAUCUGACUCAUGUUUAUAAAAAUGAGACGAGCUUUCACAAAACACAAGUUAUCUUAGACAGUCAUCAAGCUUGUAGCCAUCAUGCUGUUGAACUAGAAAUUCUCCUUUUCCCCGUUCUCCUUUCUGACAGGUAACAAAGGAUUGGUGAAUUAUGAUUUUCCCAAGUUGGAAGCACUAAUUUUUAUCUAUAUAGUUCAUCCUUAUGAAUAUAUAAGGAGUUAAACAUUGCAUAUUUAAUGUGGAUUAUAAUGGGAAAGUGACUCAUUAACCAAAAUGGCCACUUUUAAGGACUUGGUUUCAAACUGAGCUGGAGCCUCCCGAUGCACUUUGUAGGAUUUGGGGGAAGCUGUGCUGCAGGGCCUGCUUUGGGAGGCCAGGAUGACAUGUAGUAAAAGGAUAUCACCUUCCUGUUGAUAUCUCUGAAGACUCAUAACCAGAAACAGGAAAAUGAAUGGUGGGAAGGAGUGUGACGGAGGGGACACGGAUGGAGGGCCACCAGCAGUGCAAGUUCCCGUUGGUUGGCAGCGGAGGGUGGACCAAAGUGGAGUUCUCUACAUCAGUCCCAGUGGGUCUUUAUUAUCCUGCUUGGAGCAGGUGAAGACUUACUUGCUGACUGAUGGAACGUGCAAGUGUGGCCUAGAAUGUCCUCUUGUUCUUCCCAAGGUCUUUAAUUUUGAUCCUGGAGCUGCUGUGAAGCAGAGAACUGCUGAAGAUGUUAAAGCGGACGAAGAUGUCACCAAACUAUGCAUUCACAAAAGGAAAAUUAUUGCUGUGGCUACACUUCACAAAAGCAUGGAAGCACCACAUCCUUCACUGGUUCUAACUAGUCCUGGUGGUGGAACAAGUGCAACGCCAGUAGUUCCCACCCGAGCAGCAACUCCAAGGUCGAUGAGGAAUAAAUCACAUGAAGGAAUUACAAAUUCUGUGAUGCCGGAAUGUAAGACUCCUUUCAAGUUGAUGAUGGGGGCAUCUAAUGCCAUGGGUAGGCUUUAUGUGCAAGAAAUGGCUGGAAGCCAGCAAGCAGAGCUCCAUCCUGCCUAUCCCAGGCAGAGAUUGGGGAGCAAUGAACUGGGGCAGAAGUCUCCGUACCGCGGCAGUCACGGGGGGAUGCCCAGCCCGGCGUCCUCGGGGUCGCAGAUCUACGGGGACGGCUCCAUCUCGCCCAGGACCGACCCGCUCGGGAGCCCCGACGUCUUCACGAGGAACAAUCCCAGUUUUCAUGGAGCGCCCAACUCCAGUCCUAUCCACAUGACCAGGACGCCUCUGUCUCCGCCGUCAGUCAUGCUCCACGGCUCUCCCAUACAGUCAUCCUGUGCAAUGGCUGGAAGGACUAAUAUACCUCUUUCCCCCACCCUGACCACCAAGAGCCCGGUCAUGAAAAAACCCCUGUGUAACUUUUCGGCUGGUAUGGAAAUACCACGAGCAAUGUUCCACCAUAAACCCCCCCAAGGCCCACCCCCGCCUCCUCCACCGCCUUCUUGUGCUCUUCAGAAAAAGCCAUUAACAUCCGAGAAGGAUCCGCUUGGCAUACUGGACCCCAUUCCCAGCAAACCGCCGAACCAGAACCCCGUGAUCAUGAACCCCACCACCUUCCACUCGAGUGUCCACUCUCAGGUACCCGUGAUGAAUGUAAGCAUGCCCCCCGCCGUGGUGCCCCUGCCCAGCAACCUGCCCCUGCCCACCGUCAAACCCGCCCACAUCAACCAUGGCGCUCACGUCCAAAGGGUUCAGCACUCGGCUUCGACGUCCCUGUCCCCCUCGCCGGUGACGUCCCCCGUUCACGCCAUGGCGCCCGGCAUCGCAAGGAUCGAGGCUUCUCCCCAAAGAUCGCGUUCUUCUUCCACCUCGUCCGAUCAUGGAAACUUCCUGCUGCCUCCCGUGGGGUCGUCCUGUAGCGGUAUCAAAGUCCCUCCCAGGUCCCCGAGGUCAACCAUAGGGUCACCGAGGCCAUCCAUGCCAUCCAGCCCUUCCACCAAGCACGACGGACUCAGUCAGUACAAGGACAUCCCCAACCCGUUAAUUGCUGGAAUGAGUAACGUGUUAAAUCCUCCCAACAAUGCAGUUUUUCCCGCUGCAUCGGCCGGAAGCGGUUCCUUGAAGAGUCAGCCUGGUUUGCUGGGAAUGCCUUUAAAUCAGAUCUUGAACCAGCACAACGCUGCCUCUUUUCCAGCAAGCAGUUUACUCUCAGCAGCAGCCAAAGCACAGCUAGCAAAUCAAAAUAAACUUGCUGGUAACAACAAUAACAGCAGUAGCAAUUCUGGACCUGUUGCCAGCGGCGGCAGCACCGAAGGACACAGCACUUUAAAUCCCAUGUUCCCUCCUGCUGCCAACGUGCUCCUCCCCACCACGGAAGGGCAGAGCGGCCGGGCAGCGCUGAGAGAUAAAUUGAUGUCUCAGCAAAAGGAUCCUCUGAGGAAAAGGAAGCAGCCCACCACCACGGUGCUGAGCUUGCUGAGACAGUCUCAGCUGGACAGCUCUGGCCUUCCCAAAGCUGGGUCCGAUUUGAUCAGAAAGCCAAGUCAAAGCUCCUUCCCCAUCAGCUCCAUGUCGCAGCUCCUGCAGUCCAUGAGUUGUCAGAGCUCCCACGGGAGCAGCAAUAGUUCCUCGGGCUGCGGGGGCUCCAGCAGCGCCCUGCCCUGCCCCGGCGCCCAGCUGCACCUGGCGGAGCCUGCGCUGCCCCCGGGGCUGCCCUGCCCCAACCCCAACCCCAGCUUUGGGCCCGGUGCUGGUGCUCCCCCCUCCAACCACCUGGCAGGGCUCCUCAACCAGAUGCAGGCCGGCGGGAGCUGCGGGAUGCUCCCCCAGGCAGGAAUGGCCUUAGGGAACUCCUUACAUCCCAGCCCGGCCCAGGCCAGGCUCCAGGCACCCUCCACGCCAGGGAUCCCCAACAGCAUCGGGAGCAGCUGCAAUCAGAGCAGUCCUGAAGCAGGGGGUUUGGGCCCGUCGUCAUCGAUAGCCAUCGCUGGCUCCAGCCAAGCUGCCAUCACCAAGACCACGUCAGUGCUCCAGGACGGUGUCAUUGUCACCACUGCAGCUGGGACCCCUCUGCAGCAGGGCCAGCUGCCCAUGGGGGGCGAGUUCCCCUUCGCUGGCCACGAACACUCGCUCCACUUCCCGCAGAACAGCUCUUCAAACAACAAUCUGCCACAUCCUCUGAAUCAGAACCUCCUCAAUUCCCUGCCCCUCUCUCUGCCGGUGAAUCAGCAACAUCUCCUGAACCAGAACCUCCUAAACAUCCUCCAGCCUUCAGCAGGAGAGGGCAAGUCUGAGGUCAACCUCAACCCUCUGGGUUUCCUGAACCCGAACGUCAAUGCUGCUUUAGCGUUCCUCUCCGGCGACGUGGACGGGCAGGUCCUGCAGCCCGUGCACUUCCAGCUGCUGGCGGCCCUGCUCCAGAACCAGGCCCAGGCAGCCGCCAUGCUCCCCGUGCCAUCCUUCAACGUCUCCAUCUCCGACCUGCUGCAGCAGCAGCAGCAGCAGCAGCAGCAGAACGCCCCCGCGCCCCCCGAGCCGCUGCCCGAGGGCGGCCGGGUGGAGCCCCUGCUGCCAGCCCCCAUCCCCGGCUUCCCCGAGCCCGCCGCCAACCCCCUGCUCCUGCCCGCCGCCCCCGGCGCCUCGGCGCUCAUGGCCCUCAACCCGCAGCUGGUGGGGGGCGUGCUGAGCUCGGGCGGCCACCCCGAGGUGGCCAUUGCCACCUCCUCGCAGGCCACCACCUCCACCACCAGCACCACGUCGGCGGCGGUGGCGGCGCUGUCGGUGUCGGCGCUGGGCGGGGGCACGGCCGUGGUGUCCAUGGCAGAAACGCUCCUCAACAUCUCUGGUGGCGCACCCGGGCCCGCCAAGGUCAGCAACAGCUCCGUGGUGCCACAGCUCCUGAACCCUCUCCUGGGCACCGGCCUGCUGGGGGAAAUGUCAUCUCUGAACACUACUCUGAACAACCAUCAGCUCAGCCAUCUCCAGUCACUCCUCAACAACAAUCAGAUGUUUCCUUCAAAUCAGCAGCAGCAGCAGCAGCAGCAGCAGCAGCACCUUCUCCAGGGCUACCAGAACGUGCAGGGCUUUCAGGGCCAGCCCCAAAUUCCUGGCCCAGCCAACAACCCAAACCCCAUGGCGUGUCUGUUCCAGAAUUUCCAGGUGAGGAUGCAGGAAGACGCCGCCGUCCUCAACAAAAGGAUGAUCACCCAGAUGGGCAUGGCGCCAGUUCCCGAGAGCUCCAACGCUCUCCUUCCUCCCUUCCAGGAGCCCCCCUGCGAGCUGCAGCAGAGACCUGACCCCUCCCUGGGCCAGCAGGCCAAGGACCCCACCGCCGCGGGCGACGCCUCGGUGGACGCCAUCUACAAGGCGGUGGUGGACGCGGCCAGCAAGGGGGUGCCGGUGGUGAUCACCACGGCCGGCUCCAGCUCCACGCAGCCGAGCCCCAUCCCCGCCCUGAGUGCCAUGAGUGCCUUCACAGCCUCCAUCGGGGACCCCCUGAACCUGUCCGGGGCACGCCGUUGCGCCGAGCGCCAGGGCGCGCCAGGCGGCAGCGGCGCGCGGCGGGGCCCCAAGAACGCGGAGCACGGCAAGGGCCCCGGCGAGGGGGACGGCUACGAGUAUUACAAAGCAGCCGCCUGUAACACGCCCAAAAAGCAAUGGGAAGGGGAGCAGAGCCCCGUGGGGGAGAUGGGCAGGUGGAAAUGCGAGGAGUUCCUGGAGCACUCGGCCCACGUCCACGGCAGCCCGUGCCACGAGAGGCCCAACAACGCCUCGGCGCUGCUGCAGGGGGAGCAGCACCAGGCCCUGCUGGCGCAGCGGAACUGUCAGAGCGAGAAGGCGCUGGAGGAGAAUUUCAGGUAUAACAAUUACAAAAGAACUAUGAUGAGCUUCAAGGAAAGACUGGAGAACACUGUGGAACGAUGUGCACACAUCAACGGGAACCGCCCGCAGCCCAACAGGGCCUUCGGGGAGUUGCUCAACACUUCCAAACAAGACCUGAUCCUGGAAGAGCAAUCUCCCAGUUCCUCCAAUAGCUUGGAGAGUUCCUUAGUGAAAGACUACAUCCAUUACAAUGGAGAUUUUAAUGCCAAAAGCAUUAACGGGUGCGUGCCCAGCCCCUCGGAUGCUAAGAGCAUCAGCAGCGAGGAGGAGCUGCGGAACCCCGAGUCACCCUCGUCCCACGAGCUCAUCCACUACAGGCCCAGGACGUUUAACGUGGGCGACUUGGUCUGGGGCCAGAUCAAAGGACUCACUUCCUGGCCUGGCAAACUUGGCAGAGAAGAAGAGGUUCACAAUUCAUGCCAACAGAACGCUGAGGAGGGGAAGGUGGAGCCUGAGAAGCUGAAGACGCUAACGGAGGGGCUGGAGGCGUUCAGCCGCGCCAGGAAAAGGAACAGGAAAAGUGGAAAGCUAAAUAACCAUUUAGAAGCUGCUAUACACGAGGCCAUGAGUGAACUAGACAAAAUGUCUGGGAAUGUCCACCAAAUCCCGCAGGGAGACAGACAAGUGAAGCCUCCAAAACUCAAGAGGAGGAAGAUCUCUAGAUAACAUUGAAUGUCUUUGUUACUGGUCCAGUCCUUAUCACAGUGAGCGUGCACAUGAGUCUAUCUGUAGGUAUUGAUCCAGACGUGGCUCUGUCAGUAUUUCUGUGGAGACAGCUCGCUGCCAUGGCAGGGCACCACGAGGAGCAGGGGUACCAGAUUUGGGGUGAUUAGGAGGGAUAGAGGUUGCUGGAUAAGCCAAUCAGAAAUCAUGAAAGGUUGCAGUAACAAUGUCAGAUGAUUACUGAUUUUUUUUUCUAUAAUACUAAAAAAAUUGUGAUUAUAAGAAAUAGUCCAAAUGUUUCUGAGAAAUUUUCAUUGUGUAUAUAGAUAAUACAGAAUUUCAUGGUGAUAUCUGAACUGUAAAUAUUGUACAAUAUUGUCAUGUACAAGCGUACCUAAUGCACACUUUAUCUUUUAUUGUACAAAAAAUAGUGUACAAAAUUCUUUGGUUUCUAUUGAGUACACAUACAAGAGACUACCAGUGUAAAGUGAUAAAUAAAAAUACAGCCUAAAUGCUUUUA